AUGGAUUGCAGUAGCAGCAGCAUUAAUAUUCAACUUCGUCGUCUGCUGCUUUUUAUAUUCUUAUUGUCGAGGUUCAGUUCAUGCAAUCCUAUUAUUAAUGGAGAUCCCAUUCCCAACGAGCGUUGCAAAGAGGUGGAGAGGAAGGCACUUCUCAAGUUCAAAGAAGGUAUCAAUCAAGACCAUGCUGGACGGCUCUCUUCUUGGACGACUGGCGAAGAAGAAGAUUGUUGCAGAUGGAGAGGGGUCGGUUGCAGUAACAGAACUGGACAUGUGGUCCACCUCAACCUCCGCAACCCAAUUCAACUUCCACAAUAUGAUGAUGAUGACGAGGUUAUGGAAGCGUUCAUGAGGUCAUGCUUGAGCGGUGAGAUAAACCCUUCUUUGCUAAACUUGAAAGAUUUGAAAUACAUGGAUUUGAGCUCGAAUAAUUUUGGGUUCAUUCAUAUCCCAAACUUCCUUGGUUCAUUCCAGAAGUUGAGGUACCUCAAUCUCUCCCAUUCAUUCUUUGCUGGCACAGUUCCUCCUCAACUUGGAAACCUAUCUACCUUGCAUCACCUAGAUCUUUCUUCUUUAGAAAAUGACUUCUAUUCCUUUAGUGAGAGUGAGAAUCCUUAUGGGUUGUUGCGUGUAGACAACUUGGACUGGAUCUCCCGUCUCUCUUCUUUGGAGUCCCUCAAUAUGGGAGUCGUCAACCUUAGCAACACGGCAGAUCAUUGGUUACAAGCUUUUAAUAAGCUUUCUUUGCUUCGGGAAUUAAAGUUGCCUUCUUGUGAACUCGGAAGACUUCCUUCUUCUCAGCCCCUUCCAUCAUCAAUUGCUAAUUUUACAUCCCUUUCGGUGCUUGAUCUAUCUUGGAACAACUUUAAUAAUUCCUUUCUACCACAUUUGUUGUUAAAUAUGAGCAACCUUGAAGAUCUUGAUCUUAGCGGAAAUCAACUCAUCCUUAACUUCUCUUAUUCCAACAUUGUUAGUAGUAUUCAUAGUGGAGGUGGUGGAGAUGCAUCUUAUAGCAGGACAGCUGGAAGCGUCCUCCAGGUAGGAAGUCUAUGGAAGUUGCGUAGGCUGGAUCUGUCAUACAACAACGGUGGUGGGGGUGAUGUGGGUGCACUUGUAGAUGGUUUGUCUGGAUUCAGUAACAAGAGCCUGGAGAUUUUAGUUUUGAGUUAUACUGAGCUAAGUGGGCAUUUGCCUAUAUCAAUUGGACGCUUCUUGUCCUUGAAACAAUUGGAUCUCUCUGAGAAUCAAAUAAGUGGGCACAUUCCUGAUGAAAGCUUCGGACAACUCUCAAAUUUGGUCUCUUUAUCUCUCUCUGAUAAUCAAAUGAGUGGGCCCAUUCCUGAAAGGUUCGGACAACUCUCAAAUUUGAUCUCUUUGGAUCUCUCUGGAAAUCAAAUAAGUGGGCCCAUUCCUGAAAGCUUCGGACAACUCUCAAAUUUGGUUUCUUUAUAUCUCUCCUAUAAUCAAAUAAGUGGGCCCAUUCCUGAAAGCUUCGGACAACUCUCAAAUUUGGUCUCUUUAUAUCUCUCCUAUAAUCAAAUAAGUGGGCCCAUUCCUCAUGAAAGCGUAGGACAACUUUCAGAGUUGGUCUCGUUGGAUAUAUCGGGGAAUUAUUGGGAGGGUUCAAUUUCAGAACAUAUUUUUACAAAACUAACAAAUCUGAAAGAAUUAUUAAUAUCUUCAUUUUCUAGAACCAACAAGUUAGUUUUUUAUGUGAGACAAGAAUGGGUUCCUCCAUUUAAACUUCAUUCUUUGGAACUGUUCGACUUUCAAAUGGCAGACCCUAAUAAGUUUCCACAAUGGCUUAGAACUCAAAAUCUACUUACCUCUUUAACCCUCAGGAAUGUUAGUAUUUCAGAUACCAUACCAGAAUGGCUUUGGAAGUCAUUCUCCUUGGUGCACUUGGAUCUCUCUAGAAACAGACUACGUGGUACCGUGCCAAGCGUUAGAAAGGAGGUGUCGGUGGACUUGAGCUCCAAUUGCUUAGAAGGUCCUCUCCCUCUAUGGUCUGCUAAUUUGGACUCCCUAUCCCUUCGAGACAAUUUAUUUUCAGGGCCAAUUUCUUCCAAUUUUGGGCAAACAAUGCCAAUUUUGUCUCAGUUAGAUCUUUCAAACAAUCAUUUAUCUGGAGGAUUGUCUUCUAUCAAUUGGAAGGGUUUGCAAAGAUUGGAAAUUCUUGAUCUAUCGAACAACAACUUAUCUGGUAAAAUUCCAAGUUCGAUAGGUUUCCAUCUGCCAUCCCUUGAAAGAUUGAUAUUCAGCAACAACAAUUUUUAUGGGGAGCUUCCAUCGUCUCUGAGAUAUUGCACAUCUUUGGUUAGUCUUGACCUUAGCAAUAAUAACUUCUCCGGAAUCUUACCAACAUGGAUUGGAGAGAACCUACUUCAUCUGGCGAUGCUAAAUCUGCAAGCAAACUCAUUCACUGGAAAAAUUCCUCAACAGCUAUGUCGUCUUAAAUAUCUUGGCAUCUUGGUUCUAGCUCAAAACCAAUUUUCAGGAUUCAUUCCAACAUGUUUUGGCAAUUUGAGUGGUUUUAUUGAUGGAGAGAGAUAUGGGUAUCAAUAA